AUGGGCCCCCGAGCAGGCGCCGCCGACGCGGUGCUCGAGGCGCUGCUCGCGGCGCCGCUGCUGGCCGCGGCGGGCCCCGCCGCGGCGGAGCGGGCGCGCCUGGCCGCGCGGCUGCUGGCGGAGAGGGCGGAGCGCACGGAGCUCCCGGCAGGAGAGGAGCUGGACCUGCGGGGGAGGCCCAUGAUGGUGGUGCACGCCGGGGAGCUGCGGGUGCGGAUGGCGUCUGGCCCCACCGCCUGCUUCGGCCCGGGCUCGGUCCUGAACGCCCUCGGCGCGCUCGGCUUGGACGGCGAGACCCUGGAGCGCGACUCGGAUCAAGAGGAGCCGCAGCCCACGAUACGCAGAGCGGCCACGUCCUCGCCGACGCCCGCGGGAAGGCUUCUCCUGAGCCCGCGUGCCGCCGACGUGCGGCGGGCGCUGUGGAAGGACGAGGAGGAGGAGGCCGCGGAGGCGCCGCGCAGCGCCGCCUCCAUCCUGGGCAACCUCUGCCCGCACUGGACGCCGCCCGGGGGCGAGCCGCCCGCGGACGCCCCGAGGCGCCCCUCCGAGGCCCUGGGCAGGCUGGUGGCCACGAGCGCGUGCCCCGACGGGCGCCCCGUCC